AUGAAAUUCGUGUCGUUUGUCGUGGUACUACUCAUCACAAUCAUCUCGACCGCCGAGGCCGGCCGGACCAAAGACGCGUGGCCGAAAGAUUUCGAUGUGACGAAACUGACGGCAUGGCCAAAGAUGAAGAAAGAAUCCGAAGACUGGAUUGGUGUUCCCAUUCAACGUCGUAUCGUUGGCGUACGGUUCGCGAACGGCACCGAAGUCAUCGACAAAAAGCGUCUCUUCCGACCCAUCCGCAUUUUUAUUGUGGAGCCGACGAGACUCAUCCGCGGCCUGGCCAUCGCCUAUGGCGUUCUGGGCUUCCUGGGCUCCGCCGUCUUCCUCUAUUUUUGUACCAAGAACAUGUGGAAGACGGGAGUAAUUGUUACAGUCACCGAUCUUCACGCCGAGCACAAAAAGAGGGAGUGUCCGGUAAUGUUGACACUGUGCAUGAAUGCGAAAAAGGAGGGAAAGACUGAAAUUGUAAAAACCGCUCCAGGCCGAAAACAAGGAUCAAGUGUUCAGGAGGAUAAGAAAGUGAACUGA